GCUCCUCGCUGUGGCCGCUGUACUUUCUGAUGAACUAAUCGCAUCUCAUCGCUUUUAAUUCAACUUUUCCCAUUGUUGCAAUGUCUGCAAAACUUUUCAAUGUUUGCAGGCCACUUGUCAGAAGUUUAAAAACUUUAUUUACGACUCGAACUCGUGGAUUUAGACCGGGGUCUGCAUCCCCCAGUGCAGUGGAUUUAAAGGGUCGCAGCUUAUUGACUCUGAAAGAUUUCACCUCCGAUGAGAUCAAGCGACUUUUGUGGGUGUCCAAGGAUCUGAAGCAUCGGAUCAAGCAUGAGAAACAGUAUCUCCCUCUUCUGCAAGGGAAGUCCAUCGCCAUGAUAUUUGAGAAGAGAAGCACAAGGACAAGAAUGUCCACGGAGACAGGUUUUGCUUUGCUGGGAGGCCACCCGUGCUUCCUCACCUCCCAGGACAUUCAUCUAGGAGUGAAUGAGAGCUCCAGGGACACAGCAAGGGUUCUCUCUGGACUCUGUGACAUCGUCCUGGCUCGGGUCUACAGCCACUCCACCCUGGAGGAGCUAGAGAAGGAGGCGUCCAUCCCCAUCAUCAACGGCCUCUCAGAUCUCUACCACCCCAUCCAGAUCCUGGCCGACUUCCUCACCUUGCAGGAGCAUUAUGGCUCCCUGAGUGGACUCACGGUGAGCUGGAUCGGAGACGGAAACAACGUUCUGCACUCUUUCAUGAUGACCGCCGCCAAACUGGGCGUUCACCUGAGAAUCGCCACACCGAAGGGUUAUGAGCCUGAGGAGAGUGUGAUUCAAGAAGCAGAGCGCCUCUCGAAACAGCACGGCACCCAGCUGGUUCUGACCUCUGACCCUAUGGAGGCCGCCCGAGGAAGCAACGUCUUAGUCACAGACACCUGGAUCAGCAUGGGGCAGGAGGACGAGAAGAAGAAGAGGCUGCAAGCAUUCGAUGGAUACCAGAUCACCAUGAAGACCGCCAGUGUGGCCGAGCCAGACUGGACCUUCCUGCACUGUCUCCCCCGGAAGAAGGAAGAAGUAGACGACCAAGUGUUUUACUGUCCACGCUCCCUCGUCUUCCCAGAGGCUGAGAACCGGAAGUGGACCAUCAUGGGUCUCAUGGUGUCUCUCCUGGUCGACUACGCUCCACAAACACAGAUGCUCAAGUUUUAGCUCCAGCUUUAAUGCAGUUUUCUAUGCAUUACAAAAUAUUUGUUCAGGACUUACUGAUGAACUUCCUUCAAAAUGUUUUUAAUGGGCUAUGAUAUCCAGCUUCUGGUGUUCAAAAUAUUUGUCUUGAAAUGAAUGUCUUAAACAGUUUAUGUUUGCCUGUUUUUUUUUUUUUUUUUGACUGUUCUGAAACUCAGCUUAAGUGGGGCUGCUGCAGCUCAAAAAGACAAAAAGAUGCUGUAAAGUUGCAUAAUAAGCUUUAAAAAAUAGGUUGUUUUAGGUUAAUUUAAUUUUAAUUUACAUAUAUUCUGGAGCUAUAUCAUACACAUGAGAAUGUUU